AGAUGUUAUUUACUAUAUUUGAAGAGAUGGAGCUGCGCCUUAGAAGGAAGGGCGGUGAGAGCUACUCAGGACUGUUCUCGUUACUACGACGCUGCUGCGAAUCUUGCUCAAAAUAUCUACUAUACCACUGAUGGGAAGUACGUUCAAAAAGAAGGAAUGAAUAGAGUAAUCUAUGAUGCCAUGUACCAGUGGACGAUGCCAGCCGAAUACUACAGCCAGAAAAUAGAAGUACCAAAAUUCAGACCUUUCAACGUAACGAAGUAUCGAAAUACCGCGAUUCUCACGUUCGCGAAUAUGGCAAAUGAAAACAUUUACGAAAUCGGCUGCAAUUAUGAGCAGUGCUUCGACAGAAAUGGCAAUGUGACCGAAGCUGUGUUCUUCUGCUUCUACAACAAAAUUAUUACUGGAGCGAUAGACAUAUACGUGAUAGGAGACGGGAGGGGCUGUGAAUAUGAUCCUCAGUUGUGCGCGUCAGGGUCCUGCAAGGGUCUACUAUGUCGACUAUGA